CACAGCAGCAGGGGCUGGGGCCCCGGAUCCUGCAGCUCCUGGGCCUCGUGGGCCUGGGCCUCACGAGCACAUUCCUCCAAAUAAGCCGCCUUGGUUUGAACAGCCCCACCCCGUUGCCCCUUGGGGACAACAGCAGCCCCCGGAUCAGCCACCGUUCCCCCACCACCAGGGCCCUCCACACUGCCCCCCCUGGAACAAUAACCACGAAGGGAUGUGGAACGAACAGAGGGAACCUGGCUGGAACAGUCAGCGCGAAGCCCCCUGGAACAAUCAGCCCGAUCCCUCCUGGAACAAUCAGUUUGAGGCACCGUGGAACAAUCAGCACGAGCAGCCCCCAUGGGGCGGGGGCCAGAGGGAGCCCCCCUUCCGCAUGCAGCGCCCCCCUCACUUCCGGGGGCCCUUCCCCCCUCAUCAGCAGCAUCCCCAGUUCAACCAGCCACCGCACCCGCAUAACUUCAACCGCUUCCCCCCUCGCUUCAUGCAAGACGACUUCCCACCUCGGCACCCCUUUGAGAGGCCCCCGUAUCCCCACCGGUUUGACUACCCCCAAGGGGAUUUCCCUCAGG